GGGCCGCGCUCAGGCGUUCAUUGGGCCGACUUUCGGUUGACCAACUGCAUGACGCGGCUCUGCCCAACACCGCCCUCCACCACGCGACCUCUAAAGGGUCGGUCAAGAAAAAAGAAAAAAGAAACAAGAAAUCAUGAUAAAAAAGCGAAAACGAUUUUCCUUCGAUUGGCAAUCAUGUCAUGACAUCAUGAUCAGUAUCAACACGGCUGCCCGGUGUAGUCGGCCGGGUGGAAACACUCCGGGUCACACCCGCGCAGCCCGAUCUAUUCCAAUGCUCCGUUAUCUUCGGUUCACAGUCACUUCCCGACUUUCUUCGACGUCGACCGAUUUCUAUUUUUAUCUUUCUCUCAGCCGGUCGGGUCGCGAUACGUUUCACAAUGGCUCAGUGGAAUGCGGUGACAGCAUUUCGCGCCUCAAGAGCCGAAUGCCUUUCGGUGGUGCAACCGAGGCCUUGAAAACAUUGCUGUACAUAUACACACACACACACACACACACACACACAAACGGCCACGUUUCUGGACAACCAAAACAGUUUCCAGCGGAUGGAUCAAAAGGGGUGGUGGGAGGCGAACGGAAUGGCAACCGUCGCUCCCGCGGUCCCGAUAUGGUACACAGGCGUUGUUUUCCUCUCCGCAAGGAGAUUUUCCUCCCUUUUUAUUUUUGGAAUUUUUACAAUCUUGUGAUUUUCUUGCAUGGUGUUGGGGACUUGGGAAGGGCUAUUCACGCUCUCUGGGAAGACGAAAGGGUUCGUCCCGUAGACAUGUAUAUACAUGGGUUGGAUGGAUGGUUGGUUAGGUUCAAGACGCACAGCACGCGCUUGCGUAGGAUGGGUUCAAGAACACGGAGGGCAUGUGGCAAAUGUCCCACUGGGGUGUAUAGCAUGAAACAAGCAAACUAGGUGUUCAUCACCUUUCACCUCAUUAUUUGUUCUCAGCACGUGCUCUGGCUUCCUCAUUGGUCUUUGUCGUGACCUGACUUUGUACGUGCCAGUGAAGCAUUCUUACCGGUAUGUUUGUUUACUGUGUCACAAGAGGUUGAAUGAGGACAACACAGUAAUUAUGACUCAUGUCAAACCAUCCUUGAAUAGAGUCGAGUGUAAACCAUCACUGCAACUAGGACGAUAGGCCAGGCCAUCUGAGAGGCAGAGUCUGGGACUUGAAUACACCUCUUCUUGGUCUGAUGAAUGCCGUCUCUUUAGACU